GGACUGAUGACGACACGGAAUUCCCCCCAAUCAAUUAUUAAUCCCCAAAAGUCAAAGCAAGAGGCCUUUUCCCCGGAAGUCUUCUCCUUCUUUCGCAAAUUUUUCCCCCCCAUUCGAGCUUCACGUACAAAUUUGCAAGUCAAUUCCAAAUGACAGACCAGGGAUAUCCGCAGACAGGGAAGCGAUUCGAUCCCAAGAACAUGCUCUUUCGAUAUCUUGGUGACACUGGUCUCAAGGUUUCUGUGCUUGGUCUCGGAGGAUGGCUCACGUACGGAGCCGACGAGGGUGUGAAGGAGGUCGAGCAAACGGCAGCAUGCAUCAAGGAAGCCUGGGACCACGGCAUCAAUUUCUUUGACACAGCUGAGAUUUACGCCGAAGGAAAAUCCGAAAUCAUCAUGGGAAAGGCUCUUAAGAAGUGCAACCUCGAGCGCGAUGACUAUAUCAUCACCACCAAGCUGAUGUUUGGAGACGGAAAUGCAUUCCCCAACAACCACGGCCUGUCACGAAAGCAUAUCAUUGAGGGCAUGAAGCGAUCUCUCAAGCGACUCGAAUUGAAAUCUGUCGAUGUGGUGUAUGCGCACAGAGCUGAUUUCUGGUCCACCCCUAUGGAGGAGACGGUUCGGGCUUUCAACACAUUGAUCGAACAUGGACACGCACACUACUGGGGAACCAGCGAAUGGACCGCAUUUGAGAUCGAGCACGCACAGCAUGUUGCUACACGUCUAGGUCUCAUUGGGCCAGUUGUCGAACAACCUCAAUACAAUAUGUUUGUUCGCGAACGAUUCGAAGCCGAAUACGCCCCCCUCUACAAACUUUAUAACUAUGGAACUACGAUUUGGUCUCCGCUAUAUCAGGGCAUCUUGACUGGAAAGUACAAUGACGGAAUACCAUCAAAUUCUCGUUACGCUACCGUUUCCAAGGGCCAAGCCUCCAUGUUUGACCAGCCCGAGACCAAGGCACAGAUCGAGAAAGUCAAGCAACUCACCAAGGUUGCCGAGAGACUUGGGGGGUCUGUUGCUUCCCUUGCUCUGGCUUGGGUUAUCAAGAAUCCUCAUGUGUCGGUUGCUAUUCUCGGUGCUACGAAGGCUGAGCAGAUCACGGAGAAUGUCAAGUGUCUUGAGCUGUACCCUAAGAUGACGAACGAGGUGAUGAAGGAGAUUGAUGAGAUUUUGGGGAAUGCACCGAAGAUUCCUGGGCCUGCUCCUCCUCGACUUCCGAUGACCCGCAACAAGGCUCUUAUGUAAAAACAUAUCUUGGAAUAAAUGGUACACCGCUGCGGACAUAGAAUAAAUAGAAAAGAGAGAAAAUAUUUCGAAAGUGCGGAUUCUCAACAU